UCCUAGAGAGAGACCUAUAUAUGAACCUCUCAAAGCUUCCAACCUGGAGAACGAACCGCCCUAAAGCCAUAGUCUCCUCAGACGACGUGGCAUGUGGAGGACUAGGAUGAAGACGAUGGCGAUUUUGAAUUCCAACUUAGGGAUCCUACGGCGGCUGAGCAGCGGCGGCGGCGCUGGGAAGAGAGUCGCCGCACUUUGGGGCAAUGGAGACUACGGGAGGCUCGGAUUAGGGAGCUUGGACUCUCAGUGGACCCCCACGCUUCUGCUCUGCUCUGCGUUUCGGGACCAAAGCCUUGAAGCCAUUUCCUGCGGCGGAGCUCACACUCUGUUCUUGACCCAAGGCGGCCGGGUUUUCGCCACCGGGCUUAAUGAUUUCGGGCAGCUUGGGGUCUCCGGUGAUGUGCCUUAUGCUACUGAGCCGGUGGAGGUUUCCGGAAUCGACAAGCAAGUUGUGCAAAUUUCGGCUGGUUAUUAUCACUCUUGUGCUGUUACAGAAAAUGGAGAGCUAUACAUGUGGGGAAAGAACUCAGAUGGGCAGCUUGGCCUCGGAAAGAGGGGAGCGAAAGCAGUUGCUGUACCAACAAAAGUUGAAUGCUUGGCUGGAAUCACCAUUAGGAUGGUUGCUUUGGGAUCAGAUCACUCAGUGGCUGUUACUGAUGGAGGUGAGUCCUUAAGUUGGGGAGGAGGGUCUGGAAGACUUGGUCAUGUCAGUGGAUCACACAUUUUAGGAAUUUUCAAAAGUACCAGUGAAUAUACUCCAAGGCUUAUCAAGAAACUUGAGGGGACCAAAGUUAUAAAAGUUGCUGCUGGAAUGCUGCAUUCAGCAUGUGUUGAUGAAAAUGGAUCUGUGUUCGUAUUUGGUGAAAGAGCAGUUGACAGAAUGUGGAGAGCGACGGAACAGAAUGGCACUGAACCGUCCAUGAUUAGCAGACUGCCAUGCUCGGAAGAAGUCUCAUGUGGUGGCUAUCACACAUGCAUCAUAACAAGUGGUGGUGAACUCUAUAGUUGGGGAUCAAAUGAAAAUGGUUGCCUUGGUACUGGUAGUACAGAUGUAUGUCAUCUGCCUGAGAGAGUUCAAGCUCCAUUCUUGAAAUCUGCUGUUAUAAAGGUAUCUUGUGGUUGGAAGCAUACUGCAGCAAUUUCUGAUGGCAAUAUCUUCACAUGGGGUUGGGGAGGCUCGCACGGAACAUUUUCUGAAGACGGACAUUCUUCUGGAGGGCAGCUGGGUCAUGGAACUGAUGUUGACUAUAUAAAACCUACAUGCGUUAAGUUUGGGGAGAAUUUGAAAGCUUUACAGAUAUCAUGUGGGUUCAAUCACACUGGUGCCAUACUUGAGUACACGUAAGCUUCACCAGUAGCAGUAUCAGCAGAAUCAAGUGUGCAAAUGGUUUGGCCAUCUUUUUCAUUCUACUUAUAUAUUUCAUUGAUUCAAAUGUACAAUUCUGGAAAUGCUGUCAAUCACCGAGCAACUACACUAGGUUAUACCACAGAACAUGGAUAUUUCCUUCCUGUAAUAUUUGGAUAUGGACGUGUACAAUAUGUAUAUGCUAUAAGAAGCCCUCCCCCCUUGAAAACAAGCUUGUCCACAAGCUUGAGUAGUUGGAAAUUUGCGGAUCAGAAAUUGAGUCCUCGAAGCUUCAGCAGCAACCAUUCUCCUCUCUUGCCAAAAAGGUCAUCCUUCAGAAGAAGAGAAUAUGUCACAAUGGCUUGCGACUCGUGUCCAGCAAUAAGCAAACACAUCUUCGCCAAAUUGUGAGCCAAGCAACCAUCAAGUACCAUAUCAGACAAUUGUCUCCCCCGAAAUAAAGGUAGCACCGGACAACAACGAAAUGCAGUAACAUGUGAGGUGUGUGAAGCACCACAUUUGUCAACAGCUUCUGAAUGUAAGUGAAGGCAUCUGUACCAAGAGAAAGGAGUGAAGCAAGGAUAAUGGAAACAUUACAUGUGAGAUGACCAAGCUCGGACUGAACAACGUCUCGGUGUUUCUAGAAUUGACAACCAGUACCUGAGAAAAAUGUCCUCAUCCAACAAUGAGUGGUGAAAGUGAGGCACAUGUACAUUGUUCUCUACAAGCAUGUUGUCUACAGCACAAUCCAGCCCCAAGUCUCCAAGUACCAAUAGCAUAAAUCCAUCAGCCACCCAUGCUUCUACUGAAGAAGCAUCUUUGUCUUGAUCAUAAAAUGAAGAGCCACCUCCACAGUGACAACCCAGGAAGCAUUUUAGAAUAGUAACAAACAUAAUUAUACCACCGGACAAAGGAAAAGGUACCCCAACAUAGAACUUGUAAGCAUCAUCACAAAGUGCAGCUCAUUCUGUUUAGAUACGUUACCACA